AUGUCUGUGGGAAAGGCAAAACUGAAGCGAUCUUCAAAAGAAACGCAAUUGUCGGGAUUGCCUGAAGACGGAAAGUGUUCCAUUGAAGAUGAUCAGGAAACCGUAUUGGAUUUGGACCGUGAAUAUGUGCCAUAUGACGAAACGGGAGCCAGAGCCUAUGAGAAUGCCUGCAAAAAACUAGGCGUUGUGCCAUCCUCACAAUACAUGCGUGCACUCGCAAUGUCAGAUACCGUGAAGCUCUGCCAUUAUGGACUUGGGUCUCGCGGGGCAAUGGCGAUCUGCAUCCCUCUUGUUAUUAACAUGAAAAUUACUACGCUGGAUUUGAGUCAUAACCAUUUGGGCCGGAAAGGGGUGGAAUAUGUGAGAAAGAUGAUGAUAGAAAAUGACACUAUUACCACUCUGGACAUAUCUUUUAAUAAUCUGGGAAAAGAUGGCGCCAGAGAAAUCGCUUAUAUGUUGAAAUAUAACUCUUCUCUAAGGCACUUAAACUUGGCAGGGAAUGAUUUUACAGACGACGAAGCACCUUUGCUGUUGCAUGCAAUUGAGGAAAAUGUUCAACUUCGAUCAGUUAAUCUAAGCUAUAAUAACUUCUUCGAAAUGUCGGGAGAGAGUUUUAAGAGUCUGUUAACCGAGAAUCACAUGUUGGAAGAGCUCAACCUGAGCUGGAACAAGAUCCGACUGAAAGGAGCAUUACAAAUUGCGGAUGGUGUAAAGGAAAGCAGAGGACUCGUAAAACUUGACUUGUCCUGGAAUGGAUUUGAAGACGAAGGAGCGAUGGCGAUGGCCGCUGCUUUGGCAGAAAAUAAGUCUUUAGAAGAACUCAACGUUGCAUGCAACAGGAUAACACCCGAAGGAUUCAUGAAAUUAUGCAGAGCUUUCCAGAACAACGAUACACUAACAUGCAUUAGGGUGGGUCGAAAUUUUAUCGCAGAGGAGGCAGUUGUUUUAGCGAUUAGUUUUCUUACGGAUGUCAAAGACUUGGCCCUCCAAACUUUGGAUUUAACGGGUCUAGUACUCGGCUGCGCCUUUAAGGAACAACUCCAAAUCCUGAAAGAAGUUCACGAAAACUUCACUUGCGUCUACGGCUACGAGACCUAUGGCCAUCAGAGAAAUUCCAACGAUUUUAUAGCUGACAUAAUCAACAGGAUAACAACGUAUCUGGAUCUGACUAAUCGCUCCAUAGCUGACCUUUUCACCGAAGUCGAUACUGAUGGUAGUAUGACAGUGAGUCUGGAAGAAUUUAGGAGUGGUUUAAAGAAUGCUCUAAUUCCCAUCACACCAUAUCAACUUGAUGAAUUAAUCAAAUAUUUGGAUAAAGAUAAUGAUGGGGAGGUAGAUUUCGGAGAGUUAGUAUUCAUGAAAUGAACACAGCUUGACCACGAGGGUGGAGGGUUUAUCAGUUACGCACGAAAUGGCCUUGCUACGCCGCAGACAUUCACACCGCCGCAAAUCUCUCUUCAACCGCCCUUCUCGUGAUACCUAACUGACCACCUGACAGCAGACGAAGCGAUAGUUGGACUCGAUAAAACAUCUCUAUUAGUCCUGCGAAUUACAUGCUCAGUACAGCCAGAGCUUUAACCGCUGGGACCAGAGGAAGGGUUCCCACGUAAUUAACGGGCAUAUUCCAUCAAUUCGGAAGUGUUAACUGAACUUUAACAGUAGAACAAAGGAAUGAAUACUACAAAAAAUAUAUUGCUUAAGCCAUAAUGGCGUUAAGCCAUAAACAUUCAUUCUAAAUUCAAAGUAUAUUUAAUAACAUGUCCUUUACCGCACAGUGUUCAGUAGAUGUACUUUUUCUAUACAGACAUGUUUAUGUUUAUGUUUAUCUUGAUUUUUGAAACUAAUUUGUGUAAUUACUUUGUUGAUAUGGCAAUCAUGUACACAUGCAUGUAUCCAAUGCAUUUUGUGUGAGGAUAUAUGCGCUCUGUAUCUUUUCUCUACUAGGUAUGGAAGCGGGCCGCGGGGCGAAGAGACGAGAACGGUCACCGUUCGCGAUCACGUGAUGUAGCUUUGUAUGUUACAGAUCAAUAGUAGUUAU